AUGCCAAAACUGAAGGGUUGGCGCCAGUCACAGGCCGCAACCAGGCGACACGCUCAGCGCGAGUUCCUGAUUGUUGGUCCACAAGGCCACAGUGAUGACAUGCCUCCAGGUGUGUAACAUUUUCUUUUAAAUGUAUUAUUUUUUUCUUCAGGUCACUAUAUUAGUAACAGUUUCUUAUUCCUCUAGGAAAAAAACACAUCCUAAUCAAGUUUACUGUUUGACUUUUACAAUGAUAUAUGUCAAUGUUGUCUGUUUUAAUAGGCAUUGCCGGGACUGGUUAUCGCCAUUGCGUUAACCAGUGGCCAAUAUCUGUGUUGACUGGUCACCAACACAAAUUGGUCAUUCCUCCUGAGGAUCCUGACAAGAAGGUAUGAUACUGACAUUGUUUUUUACCCUCACAACACAUAUUUUAGCUGAUACAGUAUUUAAUGAGUACUUCUCCCUUUUCCAUCCUAGUUUGUUCUUAUUGUUGGUGACUCUCACCUGCGCCCGUUUGUUGAUGGGGUUGUGCCAUUGCCUGAAGGAAGGAUGUCGUUUGGCUUCAUGUCCACACCAGGGGUCUGUGCUGACGAACUGAGGAUUGAGAUGCUACACGCUGCUGUACCUCGCAGUCCUGACUUGGUCAUCGUCAUGGCUCCUAGCAACAACCUAACUGCCCAUGGGCCUCUUGAGAAGUCGUCAACAGAUUUUGCUAAACUUCUCUCCACUGCCGUUGGGAGGUGGUUCAAGGUGGGGCUAUGAUCUCAUUAACACAUUUUAUAGUAUCUCAAUUAGUAGUUAUGCUCUGUAAUAACUCUUGUAUUCCUUGUCCUUCUGGUGUGCUUGUGCUAUUUUUAUAGGUAAUUGUGUAUGAUUUUCCACCUCGGCUGAACCACCCUUUGGACCACCAGGAGCUCCUGCGGCAGGAAUUCCGUCGAGUCGCGGCACGUAUGGGUAAGUUUUACAACACUUUAAAUUUGCCUUCAUGACAAAAUUCUAAAUGACAAUAAUGUCAUCAUAAAACCAAUCACAUAAAACAUCUACAAAAAACACAUACAAAUUACAUGUAUCUUUUAGAAUCCAUCACAACUCUGUACAUUUUAUGGAGAAGGUGAAAGAAUACUUGUCUUUUCUGUUUUGAAUAAAAUACGCACAUCUGUACUUAUGCUUCAUUUUGUCUCACUUUACAUUAACAGGCAUUCGAUAUGUUUGUCCUGCUGCUGAUGACUUCCCCCUGAGACGCUGCAAGCUGUGGUGCAGGGAUUCUGUAAGUACAAUCCCUACUCAUCUUAUGUUUCAUAUGGACUUGUCUUCUUUGUAGGUCCAUCUCAGUGAUGACGGUGGGUCGCCUAUUCUGGGGCAGCGUCUCUGGCAGGCGGCCUACACUGAACUGGAGACAGUUGUCCCUGCAUCAGUGCUGUUGGUGCCGCACAGGCGUUUCCCCCCCCCGAGCACUGUCACACCAAAGGUGGUUGUGAGGGGGGAGGUGCCUGCAUCUCAACCAUCCAACCCCUUUGAGUGGACAGUGUGUGGAAAGGAGCGCAAGGUAAACAUACAAUUCCUGUGUGUAUACAUGUAGUACAUGUAUUUAAUACAGUAUUGUUAAUUCUCAACUUACUUAUCACAGCAGAAGCUCUCUGGCAACGGGGUGGAGGACUCUGCUCCAUGCACGCAGCAGGUUUGUCAUCCUUUAUAUGACACACCUAUCAUACAAAACCACUCUCAUCAGAGUUUCUGUGUGGAUUGCACACAUUUUCUUUGAAAAGAAACCCUCUUCUAAAGUAUUACUUUUUUUUUCCUUUCUUUUUUUCUCUCUCCUUCUCAUCCUAGUUGUCAGCAGUUGGGUUGCGGGAGUGUUUUGUGCGUCUCAACCCUCUCCAUUUCAGUGCACACCUGCUGGAUGCCAUGGAGAAGAUUUCGCCGUCCCAGCUUCCCAACCCUGUUCCACACGAUGAUGAGGUCAGUGAGAAUGUCGAACUACAGUUGCGCUUUUAUUGUUCAUUCAUAAAACGUUUUGUGUUACACAACAACAAUGCUUAUAAAAAAUAUUUUUUCAUUCAGAUGCCACCUGUGGAACCACGCAGGACUGUGGUUGCAUCUCAGAGGAUCCCUGCCAGGAAGAAGGUUUGUUUCUUCAUUAGCACACAUGGUUUAUUAAUUUGCAAGCGCACAGAACUAGGUUUGCAUCAAAACCAAGUAUAUCAUACUGAACUGAAAUAAUAACAUAGAAAUUUUACUUGGCCUUUUAUUUCAAAAGAUUUUCUUCUUUAUUCAUACACAAAUGAGAUCUUAGUAUUAUCAGUUGAUGGGUUGCAUUCAUCAAAAUGCAUCUUACCUUCAACUAUAAAAGUACACUUUUUUACAAUUUGCCCUUUGUAUCAAUGACAAUAUAUUUAUGCACAAACUUUUGUGUGCAGGGAAGGGCUUUGCGUGUGCAGAGCCCAGCUGAGCCCAAGACGACUGAGGUGCCUCCUGCUACAGAAGUCACUUCACCUGAGGUGGACUUGGACAAGGCGGCGGAGCUCCAGACGUCCCCGGGCGUGGUGACGGUGAACACUGCCACCCUGUCAGCACCCCAGCCAGAUGGAGGCACCCAGGUGGAACAGGUAAGUGCGCAUAAACAUCCUCUUUCCCCCUCUCUUGUGUUUGGUGAUUUUGAUCACUCACUUGUGCAGGUUAGCAGUGUGAAGAAAGAGGCAGUACAGUUUCUGUGCACUCAGAUUGAGGGUGAGAUGUCUGACCCAGGUCGGGUAAGACACAGUGUCCUGGGAUCAUUUCACCAGGCGAGUGAUCUUUUGAGUAAUCCCGGACAACAGUGUAUGGCAAUUGGGCUGGCCAGCGUUGCCAAACACAGUGUCAAAAGCGUUUUCUCAUGGAGUGUGGACGAUCUCGACACAGCUUUGCUCUGUGGGGAUCAACUGUACACAUAUCUGCGAGAUAACAACAAAAUCAGUGGCGAGACUGAUUUUUUGUGUUUUCCUGAUUUGCCUGCUUCACACACAAUUGAUGGCAUGGAGUUUGACUUUGAGUAUGGUGAUUACGUGUCCGGACUCAUCAACCAGACUGAUGGGUCACCCAUUGCACCUGGGUUGACAACAUUGCUGCAUGGUCUACAAAUUGUGUUCGCCGAAUAUGACACAUGCUUUUUGACAUUGCAUUGCAGCACAUGUGUUGUCAUUCGUGAGAAUGGUGUGUUCGCUGUUGUUGAUUCUCAUGCCCGAAACGCUUCGGGCCUGGUGGAUCCUAAUGGCAGAAGUGUUGUUGCGUAUUUCUAUAACUUGCAGGAACUGUAUACACAUGCAUUGACCUUGGCUGCAUCACAGCGUGUGAGCAACCAGGCUUUUGAAGUUGCCAGUGUGCAUGCAAUCCCCAGAAUGUCAACAAUUCAAAGUAUGUGUUUGCCAUCCAGCCCCAUACUAAAUCCUGACAAUGUUGUAGCAGGACUGCACAUGGAGACUGUCUAUGCAGAUGUACAGUACAGGCCAAAAGUUUGGACACACCUUCUCAUUCAAUGUCUUUUCUUUAUUUUUUUAUAUGAAUAUUUACAGUGUAGAUUAUCACUGAAGGCAUCAAAACUAUGAAUGAACACAUGUAGAAUUUUGUACUUAUAAAAAAAGUGUGAAGUAACCGAAAACAUGUUUUAUAUUCUAGUUUCUUUAAAAUAGCCAUCCUUUGGUCUUGAUGACAGAAGUACCUUGUCAGGGUUACUUCAGGCACUCUUGUGAAGUAAAAACCAUUUCAGGUGACUACCUCAUGAAGCUCAUUGAGAGAACAGCUAAAGUUUGCAGCGCUAUCAAAAAAGCAAUGGGUGGCUACUCUAUCUAAAAUAUAAAACAUGUUUUCAGUUAUUUCACACUUUUUUCUUAAGCACGAUUCCACGUGUUCAUUCAUAGUUUUGAGAAUCUACAAUUUAAAUAGUAAUGAAAACAAAGAAAAUGCAUUGAAUGAGAAGGUGUGUCCAAACUUUUGGCCUGUACUGUACAUUAGGAAGUGUCAUACUCCAAGCAGGGGUGUUCAUCCAGUACAUCAGUACACAGGAAGCAGGGCUCGAAACAUCAACGCUUUGUUUCUUCUGCUGCCAAGAGAGCAAAGACCAACAAUUUUGGUGAUGAUUUAUUCAUUGUUAAAGACACAAACAACGAGAGUGCAGAUAAUAAUGAUGUUGUGUGCAUUGAUGAUGCAAUAAGCCAGACUGACGAUGAUGUGGUGUGUGUUGGUAAUGGAGACCAACAAAAUUUAGUGUUUCACCCCCUUCAGUUAGAUAUUGCAAAAGUUUUGUGCACAACUGUAGGAAUAGAAUGUCAGAAAGUUGAUGUGGAAGGAUUUGUAGCUGGCAUAUUAGGACCUCCCUGCAGUAGCAGCCUAUUGUCAGCGACAGCAAUUGCUUCUUCAGAGCUGUGAGUCAUGUUUUGUCUGGUAGCGAGAGGUUUCACAGGAAAGUCAGGUUGGCGGUUUGUAAACGUAUUGAGUGUCAUCCUGGAUCAUAUGAGCAUAUUCUGAGACGUGAAUUUAUCUCUGUCAAAGAAUAUCUCAACAUGUCCAGAAUGCGAUAUGUGGGUAGUUGGGCCACAGAGGUGGAGAUUCAGGCUGCAGCGAAUUGUUUGGGGGUAAGCAUUUUUACCUACGAUGAUGGUCGAUGGCUUGAAUACAGCUGUCAAGGUCAACAAGUAUCAGAACAGGCAGUGUAUUUGGAGAACUGCAAUAACAUCCAUUAUGAGGCUGUUGUCUGUGUUCGACGACCUAAUGUGGACUGUGGUUGCUGUGAUUUGUGUGAAGGUGGUUUUGCACAUAGUACUGACUACGGUUUGACACAGGUGAGCAAAGCUGUGCCCUAUAACCUCAGGACAGGAUGUCAGGACUUCAAACAACAGACUCAAAAGAUUUUAAGUCCUUCAGAUAAUGAAAAAGGGUUGUCAAAAUAUCUUAAAAAGAAGUUUUUGCAAAUGAAAAUUAACUACCACAAAGACUUCUUGGUUUACAACAGACGUAACCAAAAUGUUAGGAAUAGCUAUAAGCACAAUCUGUUGUAUCAACAGAAACUCAAGGAUUUGAGUAAUGGGAAAUACUUAGAAGAUGAGGUGCACAAACAAAAUGUUAAAGACAGAAGCAAAAUAAAAUACAGGACAAACGAGAUGCACAAACAAAAUGUUAAAGACAGAAGCAAAAUUAAAUAUGACAAUGUUGAAAAGCAAAGACAAAAUGAUAAAGACCAAAGCAAAAAGAAUAUAUGGAAGAUGACAUACAUAAACAAAAAGUAA